GACAUUGAUUAUUUUCACUUAUCCACAAAGUUUCAACUUCGUUAACGGUUCGUCUGUCUGAGGAUGUCCCUGCGGCUGGGUGAUCCUGAACAAACUGAUUAAGUGUAAGUUGCACUCCACGUAUUGAUCUUACAUCAGGAUUUUGCAUCAUAUCUCACCGUCCUUUGUGACAUCAACUCACCAGGAUCAUGUUAAUUAAACAAAACCACUCAGACUGUUAGAGAAAAAACACCGAUGAUAAAGGUAGAGAAUUCUGCCCUUAGUUAAGGGGAAAGCCCAGCAAGAAAUUUUGACCUUCAAAUCUUGUGGGACAAUGGAAACACCACAGACAGUCCUGAAGAUGUAAGUGUUUGCUCCAAGCCUCAAGAAAAUCUGCAAAAUGAUUUUUUAGCAAAAAGCAAUGGAUGACAACGAUGUCAAAGCUCGUUGUUUGUCAUUAUUUGUGGGUAACUUAAAUCCAGAUUACUCAAAGGAGCUGCUGAGUUACAUGCUGAAGGAUUUACUUGCUGCAAUCAACAUUGUCCUGCAAAGACAUGACAUUGAAGUCUUCAAGAAGCACAAACGAGCCCAUGCAUUUAUCCGCCUGAAGACAGAGAAUGGAGUUCAAAAUAUCUUGAAACAGCUUCAAGAUCCUGCCAUUUUGGAUCAAAACCAUAUGGAAGGAUUGGUAGUUAAAGGGAAAACACUAAAGGUUGCAAGGGAUAUCCGUGACUUUUCAGAUCACACUUUUGAUAAGAACAGUUCUCCAGAUACGUCAAAGUAUGAGUUCCACAGUCAAGGACAAAAGGACAAGAGGAGACUGGAACAAACACAUGACACAUUGGGAUACACCACAGGGAAAUCCAGCUACCUGGCAAACAAAGUUAUGGAUCAUUUAUCAACUCCUCUGAGUGGUACCAAGUCAGACAGCGCCAUCAUCGGUGGGGAGAUUGCUGGGCAGGAGCGCUUAUUUUAUGGGGCACUUAUGGGGAGUGAGACAAGGAAUGUUGAAUUCAAGCGAGGAGGAGGAGAAUACCUGAAUGUGGCUCUGAAGAACCAUGUUAGGAAAUACGUCUGUGCAUUUCUGAACAGUGAAGGAGGUAGUCUGUUUGUAGGUGUGAACGAUGAUGGCACCGUUUGCGGUGUCGAAUGUAAUCACAAAGAUGAAGAUCGGGUUAGACUUCUGAUAGAUUCAAUUGUGAAAGGGUUUAAACCACCACUCUUCCCCAAUUCCUACUCUAUCACCUUCCUUCCAGUCAUCAAGGAUGGGGACACCGGGAUGUUUCUAAAAGUUAUGAGGUUAACUGUGCAUCCACCUAAGAAGGAUGGUGACGUGUUACUGUAUGAGACUGACCAGGGUGAAGUGUACAUUCGUCGAGAUGGUAGCAUCCAAGGUCCACUAUCAGGAAGUUCCAUUCAGGAAUGGUGCAGACAGAAAUGGACAGUGGAAGUCAAGAAACUGCAAGAUACCAUCGACAGCUUAGUCAAAGAGGAACACCGUUUGCAAGAGGAACUUCGUCAGCAGCAACAGUCAAUCCUGGAACUGCAACAGUUGCAGCAAGAACUACAGGCAAUGAAUUCAGACAAGAUCGCAGUGUCAAAUCUGUGCUGCGUUAUUUAACUGCACGGGAGAUCAGGCCAUCCCAGAGCACAGCUG